CUGCUGACAGCAGAUGUCAGUGUCGUGGCAACGUGCAUUAUUCUUUCGAUUAUACUAUUCAGGGAAUGUGUGUGCAUGAUUCGGAUUUCUGAAUAAAACAUUAGCAAAAUGGCUACGCUGGACCGGAAAGGCACAUUUAAGGUAGAAUAUCUACAGGAAAUAGAGAAGAAAGUGCAAGCGAAAUGGGACAGCGAGAAGAUAUUUGAAAUGGAGGCACCGGAAGAUGGGAAAUCCUAUGAAAAGUUCAUGUGUACGUUUCCCUACCCAUACAUGAAUGGGCGGUUACAUCUUGGGCAUACAUUUUCACUGUCAAAAUGUGAGUUUGCAUCAAGAUACUACAGAUUAAAAGGUAGAAUGGUACUAUUUCCCUUCGGAUUUCAUUGUACUGGCAUGCCUAUAAAAGCCUGUGCUGACAAGUUAAAAAGAGAGAUGGCUCUCUAUGGUUCCCCACCGGUAUUCCCUGAAGAAGAAGAAGUCAUAGCCAAGGAAGAGGGAGACAUUGUCCCUAAAGAUAAAAGUAAAGGAAAGAAGAGUAAAGCUGUGGCUAAGACUGGGGGUGCUAAGUACCAGUGGCAGAUCAUGCAAAGUAUUGGAGUACCUGAUGAAGAAAUAUGUCUGUUUGCUGAUGAGAGCCACUGGCUUGAGUACUUCCCACCUUUGGCUGUAGCUGAUUUGAAAAGAAUGGGUAUUCAUGUAGACUGGCGUCGCAAGUUCAUUACCACUGACGCAAAUCCAUUCUAUGAUUCAUUCAUAAGGUGGCAGUUCUACCACCUUAAAGAGCGUAAUAAGAUCAUGUAUGGUAAGCGGUACACCAUAUUCUCGCCUUUGGACAAGCAACCUUGUAUGGACCAUGACAGAAGUACAGGGGAAGGGGCUGGUCCUCAGGAGUAUACCCUAGUAAAGAUGGUAGUACAGGAGCCAUAUCCUGAAGCACUCAAGUCCUUCAAGUCCAAGCCAGUGAGUUUAGUAGCAGCAACUCUAAGACCAGAAACUAUGUAUGGCCAGACCAAUUGUUGGGUACAUCCAGACAUCAAAUAUAUUGCUUUUGAAACUGUUAAUGAUGGAAUAUUUGUAUGCACAAGGAGAGCAGCCAGAAAUAUGUCCUACCAAGGUUUUACCAAAAAGGAUGGUGAAUUUGAAAUUCUUGCUGAAAUUUUAGGACAGGAUCUUUUGGGAACAGUAUUAAAAUCUCCUUUUACUAGUUAUCCUAAAAUCUAUGCCCUUCCUAUGUUAACUAUUAAGGAAGAUAAGGGCACUGGAAUUGUAACCAGUGUACCUUCUGACUCCCCUGAUGACUAUGCGGCACUUGUGGACUUACAAAAGAAGCCAGCUUUCAGAGAAAAGUAUGGUAUUCACGAUGAUAUGGUACUCCCAUUCAAACCAGUUUCUAUUCUCGAAAUUCCCGAAUUCGGCAACUUAUCCGCUGUUUUCGUAUAUGAUAAGCUUAAAAUUCAAAGUCAGAAUGAUAAGGACAAAUUAACACAAGCCAAAGAGAUGGUUUACUUAAAAGGAUUUUAUGAUGGAGUGUUACUAGUAGGAGAAUUCAAGGGAUGUAAGAUCCAGGAUGUGAAAAAGAAUUUGCAAAACAAACUUAUUCAGGAGAAGAGCGCAGUGGUUUACUAUGAGCCCGAAAAAACGAUCAUUUCGAGGUCAGGUGAUGAAUGUGUUGUGGCUCUCUGCAAUCAGUGGUAUCUGGACUAUGGGAAUGAAGAGUGGAAGAGUCAAGUGGAAAAGGCUUUGGGUGCUAUGAAUACUUACCAUGACGAAGUAAGGAAGAAUUUCCAAGCGACUCUCAAGUGGCUGCACGAAUACGCGUGCUCGAGAACUUAUGGACUUGGUACAAAAUUACCUUGGGAUCAACAAUGGCUGAUAGAAUCUCUGUCAGACUCGACCAUCUACAACGCUUACUACACGAUAGCACACUUCCUGCAAGGCGAUACAUUUAGAGGCAACAAGGAAAAUGCUCUUAAAAUUAAACCCGAGGACAUGACUAUGGCUGUUUGGGAUUACAUAUUCUUCAAAGAUGCUCAAUUCCCAAAAUCAACUAGUAUUCCUAAAGCAUCUUUGGAAAAGAUGAGGAAAGCUUUCCAGUUUUGGUAUCCAGUCGACUUGAGGGUUUCUGGAAAGGAUCUGAUCCAAAAUCACUUGACAUUCUACAUCUACAAUCACUGCGCCAUGUGGCCUAAAGAAGAGGACAAAUGGCCCAAGGGAAUCAGGGCCAAUGGUCACCUUAUGUUGAACUCAGCGAAAAUGUCGAAGUCUGAUGGAAACUUCUUGACUUUAACGGAGUCUAUUGAUAAGUUUAGUGCUGAUGGAAUGAGACUGACAUUGGCAGAUGCUGGUGACUCCGUAGAAGACGCUAACUUUGUUGAGAACACCGCCGAUGCGGCUAUAUUGAGACUGUACACCUUCAUUGAAUGGGUUAAGGAGAUCAUUGCAACGAAAUCGACCUUAAGAACAGGCGAACACAAUUUCCACGACAAGGUAUUCGUCAGCGAAAUGAACACGAAGAUCAAUCAGACUGAUGACAACUACAACAAGAUGCUGUUCAAGGAGGCCCUGAAGACUGGUUUCUUCGAGUUGCAAGCGGCGCGUGAUAAGUACAGGGAGCUGUGUUCCGAAGGCGGUAUGCAUGCGGAUCUUGUUCUGCAGUACAUCGAGACUCAAGCCAAGCUUAUGUCGCCUAUCUGUCCGCACGUGGCCGAACAUGUUUGGGAGUUGUUAGGCAAUACGAAGAGCAUUCUUCACGAACGCUGGCCGGUAGCGGGCGAAAUCGACGAGGUCUCCAUCAAAGCUAGUAACUACUUAAUGGACGCAGCGCAUUCCUUCCGUAUCUACCUGAAGAACCACACCGCUGUCAAGAAACCGAAGAAGGGAGAAACGCCUAAGCCAGAGAAGAAACCAACUAGAGCUGUUAUUUGGGUUGCUAAGGAGUAUCCCAAAUGGCAACACAUCAUUUUGACUACUCUGAAAGAACUGAAUGGACCAACAGGUCUCCCAGACAACAAGAUAAUUUCUAGCAAGUUGGGCGGGAUCCCUGAGCUAAAGAAGUACAUGAAGCGAGUGAUGCCGUUUGUACAAGCGACCAGAGAGAAUAUGGAGCGCGUUGGCAUCGAGGCGCUGUCUGUCGGCUUACCCUUCGACGAGGCGGCUGUGCUGCUCGAGAAUAAAAUAUACCUCCUCAAUACUUUAGAUCUGGACACAAUAGAAGUCAAGUUCACUGACGACGCCGAAGCGCCAGAGAAGACCAGAGAGGACUGCGCACCAGGACAACCACACGUGUCCUUCAGCGCGGAGAGCGGCGUUGAAGUCAGCUUCAUCAACCCCGUAGCUAUGAAUGGACUGUUCACCGUAACAGCCACGCUUGCAGAUGGAGAUACCAUCGAAAAAGUUAAAGCUAAGAUCGCUAAAGAGGUUAAAGCGAUUAAAGACUUGAGCAGCCUGAAGUUAUGGCGAUACAACGAUCCCAUUCUUGGACCCCGAUCUAUCCCGGUUCCUGGGGACCAUGUAAACAAAUGCGUCGUCUUGGACAACGCUUCGGUACUAAAAGUAGACUUAGCUACGACUACAGUAGAGCUAGUCGCUAAUGGAAAGAACCUCCCAUUAGGAAAGCAAUUGGUUUAUACAUAUGAAAAAUAAUAAGUUUCUAAAUAGAAAUAAAUUAUUUAUUGACGUUUUA